UGCUGCAUCUUGCCGCGAUAUUUCAGCUGUUGUGAGACCUCAGCCACGACUCACACCAGCUUUAAGUACAGUUUGCAUGUUGGUGGUGUGUGUUUGCAGACUUCACUCCUCCUGCAGCUCAGCCUGGUGCUGUUAAUCCCUGGGCUCACAGUUUAUCACCUCCAGCUGACAGAAAACACACUCCUUCUUGUUGUUGUUGUUGUUGUUGACCACCAACGCAGUCUCCUGGGUGAUCUAACAAUGGUGUUGCUGAAAAACCUCCAUCCCCCCACCGAGGGAGUGCGCCAUGAACAAGCCGAGACCACGGCGGUGUUGGACGGCCAGAGGUUGGGCUGCGGCACGCUGUACGUCGCCGAAACGCGCUUGUCAUGGUUCGACGGCUCGGGGAUGGGUUUCUCUUUGGAGUAUCCAUCCAUCGGCCUGCACGCCAUCUCCAGAGACAUCGGCGCUUACCCACAGGAACAUCUGUACGUCAUGGUCAACGGCAAACUCAGCGAUGAAAACGAAGCUGAAAUGGCAGAAAAAGCUCCCGAUGACGAAGAUGGCGACGACAGCAGCGAUGACGAUGAUGAUAAAGGAGUGAUCACAGAGAUUCGAUUUGUGCCCAGCGACAAAGCGGCAUUGGAGCCCAUGUUCUCAGCGAUGUGCGAGUGUCAGGCGCUGCACCCCGACCCCGAGGACGACGACUCAGACAAUGACUUUGAAGGAGAAGAGUACGAUGUGGAGGAGGCCGAAGCAGAACACGGUCACGCCGACAUCCCGACCUUCUACACCUGCGACGAGGGUCUGUCGGCGCUCACGCAGGAGGGCCAGGCCACGCUGGAGAGACUGGAGGGGAUGUUAGCCCAGAGCGUGGCUCAGCAGUACCGCAUGGCCGGAGUCCGAACGGAAGAGACCAACGCAGACUUUGAAGAUGGGAUGGAGGUGGAUGCAUCAGCGGCGGAGGCCGGUCAGUUUGAGGAUGCAGAUGUUGAACACUGAAGACUUCCACUCAGCAGUCACUCAAAGCAUCACGGGAUUGAAGACGAGGACAGCAGCAGCAGCACUUCUUUGAGACUUUCAGCUCUUACUUGUACUCUUUAUGUUUCAGGCACUUCUUGUUCUCAACGUCAAACGAACGUGUUUCCAAGUACUUCAAAAGUCAUCUCGGUAAUCUUACGUAGCUUCCUAAACUGUCUCCUGUUCGUGUUGCACUGGAGGUCACAUAUCGAGUAUCUCUGCUAAGUGUGCUGUUCUGCAUUUCUGUGACGAGUCAGCUACUCUAGACUAUUGAGAUGCAGCCCCGGUUCCUACUAUUGACUGUAAAAACUAAACUUAGUUUGUUUUGUACUUAAAGACGACUUUAAUAUCAGAUGUCUCCUGCUGAGGAGAGUGAAUGUCUUUGUAUGAAAUUGUCAAUAAAUGCAUAGUUUUUGUACGA